UUCCGGAAGAACGCGUAAGUACACCGCGAAGACCCACCCCACCGAAACGCAUUCCUCCAUCAGCCCUCCAUCUCCUCCUCGCCGCAGCCGCUGGAACUCCGUUCGCAAUCCGCCGCCAUCCUCGCCUCCCGGGCGCUCCCGAGCCUCCGCCGAGGCGUCGUCUCGUCCCUCGCGACCUCCUCCGGCCCCUCGCCCUCGCCGCGAUGGCGUGCGGCGCUACCCUAAGCCUCAAAAGGGCGAUGGCGCUCGACCCCGUGCAGUCGCCCAAGCGCCGUCGUUUCGGCCCGGCGCAGCCAUCGGCGUCGUCCCCCUCCUCUGCGACGCCGUCGGCGGCGGCGGCGGCGGCGUCGGCCUCUCGCCAUCAUUCGUCUUCUCCCAUGAGGAGAUAUCUGAGCGUGGAUCCCUCGCCCUUUGCAGAGGUUUCUCCUCGCGUCACUGCGGAGCAACUGGUGGCCAGCAUCAGGCAGGAGUUCCGCCGUCUCCAACGCAGGAAGCACCUGGACCCGGCCGCCUUUGUCUCCCCGGCGUGCCCCCCACCCUCUCCCCCCCUCCCCCUCGCCGCCCCCCUCCCCCCCCUCAGAGCAGAUGGAGGCCGGAAGCCCCCCACCAGCCCCCCAGAGUCUCCACGGAGAUGCAGGAGUGUCUCCGUGGUGUCUCCGUGUCUCCGCUCCGUGCCCGCCGCCGCCGCCGCCGCCCUGUCAGCGCCGUGCCCUCACAGGGACCCCCCGGGCCCUCUCCUCCUCACCGCCGCUGCUGCUCCCACUCACCACUCCUCACCGCUGCUCACCCUGCGCCAGGUGGCUCUGAUCUGCGAGCGAGCCAUGAGGGAGAGGGAGGACUCCCUGAGGGAGGAGUACGAAGGAGUUCUCACCACCAAACUCUCCGAGCAGUACGACGCUUUUGUGAAAUUCAACCACGACCAGAUGCUGCGUCGCUACGGAGAGAGGCCAGCCAGCUAUGUGUCUUGAGAAGAUACGCACGGAGACGCACACACGGAGACACAUGGCGAGUCAGAGAUACACACAGACGUGUGGGGAUACACGGAGACACACGGACAGACGCACACGGAGAGACGGACACGCGGGGACACGCGGAG